AUGUCUAGUGGGAAUACAAAGAGAAGAAUUGAAACAGAUGUGAUGAAAUUGCUAAUGAGCGACCAUGAUGUUAGAUUGGUGAACGACAAUAUGCAAGAAUUUUAUGUCAAAUUCCAUGGACCAAAAGAUACACCUUACGAGGGUGGUGUCUGGAGACUUCAUGUUGAGUUGCCAGACAAUUAUCCAUAUAAAUCCCCAAGUAUUGGUUUUGUGAACAAGAUAUUCCAUCCAAAUAUUGAUAUUGCUUCAGGUUCCAUUUGUUUGGAUGUGAUUAAUUCUACAUGGUCUCCAUUAUAUGAUCUACUUAAUAUAAUAGAAUGGAUGAUCCCAGGGCUUCUAAAGGAACCUAAUGGCAGUGAUCCGUUAAAUAAUGAGGCUGCUGGAUUACAGUUGCAUGAUAAGAAAAUAUAUGAGGAGAAGAUCAAAGAAUAUAUUGAUAAAUAUGCAACCUUAGCAAAAUAUAAGGCCAGGUUCUGUACAGGGUCUGAUAGCGAUGAUGACGAGGAAGACAGAGAAGGGGUUGACGAUAGUGCUGAGGAAGAGAAAGAAAGUGCAACAGUUUUGGCUCAACAUAACGGUAAUGUGGACUCAAGAUAUGAAGCGUCCGAUGAUGAAAUCAGUGACGUUCACUCUGAUGAGUUAAGUGACAUUGCUGUCUCAUCUGAUGAAGAAUUUGAAUAA